CCGUAAAGACCUGUCAACUUCAUGCGUUAAAGUUCUGUUUGAAGGACACAACUGACGACAUAGAUGUCUCAAUUCUCAAUCAAUGUGUUUUUGUUUUGGGCCAAUUUAGGAAUAUAGGUUGGUUUAUUUAUUUAUUUAUUACAUUACCUCCGAUCCCUCGAGCCUUUUAUUGGGUUUUUGGGAAGAUGGGUUGUUUGGGCAACAGUAAAACUGAAGAUCAGCGAAAUGAGGAGAAGGCACAGAGAGAAGCCAACAAAAAGAUAGAGAAACAGCUUCAGAAAGACAAACAAAUAUACCGAGCAACUCACCGUCUACUACUCUUAGGAGCUGGAGAAUCUGGGAAGAGCACCAUAGUGAAACAGAUGCGGAUUUUGCAUGUCAAUGGCUUCAAUGCAGACAAUGAGAAAAAGCAGAAAAUUCAGGACAUUAAGAAUAAUAUCAAAGAAGCAAUAGAGACUAUCGUUACAGCAAUGAGCACCUUGGUUCCACCUGUCCAGUUAGCCUGUCCAGCAAACCGGUUCCGGAUUGAUUACAUCCUCAACUUCAAAAAGGAAUCGGAAGGAAAUCAGAAGGACUUUGAAUUUCCAUCAGAGUUUUAUGAACACACCAAGACCCUAUGGCAGGACGAGGGGGUGAAAGCCUGUUUUGAGAGGUCCAAUGAGUACCAGCUGAUCGACUGCGCUCAGUACUUCUUGGACAAGAUUGACAUAGUAAAGCAGAGCGACUAUACUCCUACUGAUCAGGACUUGUUGCGAUGCAGAGUACUGACCUCGGGGAUUUUCGAGACGAGGUUCCAGGUGGACAAAGUAAACUUUCAUAUGUUUGACGUGGGCGGUCAGAGAGAUGAGCGUAGGAAGUGGAUCCAGUGUUUCAAUGAUGUGACCGCCAUUAUUUUCGUGGUGGCCAGCAGCAGCUAUAACAUGGUGAUCAGGGAAGACAAUCAGACAAACCGCCUCCAGGAAGCUCUAAACCUCUUCAAAAACAUCUGGAACAACAGGUGGCUUCGGACCAUUUCAGUCAUUCUUUUCCUAAACAAGCAGGACCUGCUGGCAGAGAAGGUCUUAGCAGGAAAGUCAAAAAUUGAGGAGUACUUCCCUGAGUUUGCACGCUACACCACACCUGAUGAUGCAACACCAGAGCCUGGAGAGGACCCCAGAGUGACCAGGGCGAAAUAUUUCAUCCGAGAUGAGUUUCUGAGGAUUAGCACGGCGAGCGGAGAUGGACGGCACUACUGCUACCCACAUUUCACGUGUGCAGUGGACACGGAGAACAUCCGUCGAGUCUUUAACGACUGCAGAGACAUCAUUCAGAGGAUGCACCUACGACAGUAUGAGCUCUUGUGAUGUGAGACGACAGGAGGAAAAGACUACUCCUGCCCACUCCUCCUCCUCAAGGCCUCUUUGCAAACCCCCCAUUACUCCACUGACCAGGAAACACACACACGCGCACACACAAACACACACAUACAUACUCCUCCUCAGGAGGAGUGAACUGUUUUGAAUAAAAGAAAAAUAAAACCUAGCUAAAGACUCCUUAACGCAGUCAUCAACCACAAAUACUUUAAAAGAUUUAAAAACAAACAAAAUUAGAGGGGAAAAAAGCUCAUACAAAAUGCCAGGACUGAUCUCCCCUGCACUUUGACGCUAUGCUCAGGACAUGCACACAAACACACACACACCACAGACAUACAAACUUUCACAGACAAUUCAUUACCCACCCCUCCAUCUAUACCUUAACCUUUUAGCUCAGUCUUUUUCUGCUUGUAGACUACAUAUACACAGACACACACAUACACACACACACACACACACACAGACAUACUGUUCUGGUCCUCCAUCUUUGGUCCUGACGAACACUCAGUGCCUGAGUAAACAUGAUCUCUCCACUCCUCUGAUCACAUGUAUGUAUGUAUGUAUGUUGAAAGUAAACCCAAGAGGACAAAGGGAGGGAGA